AUGGAAGAGUACAAGAGACUCAGCGACGGCGAUGAUGGAUUGGAGAGUGAAGUGAUGAGGCAUACAGUUGUGUCUAAGAAGCAGCAGCCUUCAAUGUAUAUGGGUGAACUUCUGUUGUCAGCUCUUGUUCUUUCAUGUUCACCCAAAAGUGAUCAGGCGUGGAGUCAUAGGAGAUGGGUGAUCAAGUCAAUCGCUGGAAAGCGUUCAGCUCUGCAAGAGAUUUUGGGGAAAGAAUCUGAGCUGGUGGAAAAAAUAGCUGAGAGAUCAAAAAUGAACUAUCAUGCAUGGAACCAUCGUUGCUGGCUUGUUUCAUACUUGACAAGAGAACAGCGGCUAAUACUCCGGAUUUUGAAAGACUCAAAACUUGAAAAUGCAUCCCCUGGUUACUCUGUUGAAGUUUCUGAAGUAUGGAAGGAAGAGCUCAAUUGGAAUGAAAGGUUGAUAAAGCGUUACAUAGGAAGAGAGGCACUUUGGCUUCAUCGCCGCUUCCUUUCUUUGUGUUGGAUGAAGCAAUUUGCAACCAAUCUCCAUGAUGUAUCCUGCCAUUCUGAGCUAAAGAUCAGCACAAGUAACAACUUCAAUUCCUUUAUUGAUAAUGAGUUGCAUCUCUUCAACUCUUGCUCAAUUGUUCCAGAAAAUGACUUUGAGGAUUUCAGAGCGUAAGCCACAUAUUUUGCCACUUACAUAUUAUGGUUGACAAAGGUAAAUCAUCUUUUGUCUUUUUAAUUUUCCAUUUUGUUUUGUCGGUUGGGUGCUUAGAUUUUUGUUAUGUGCAUAAGCAAAUCCUGGAGUUUUGGUCUGAAUUCCAAGAGAAGCUUACAAUAGGAAAUCUGAAGACUAUGCUGAGCAAGGUGUGCCCAGAAAGGUCAUUCCUUUGGGAUUCUUUAAUAGACUAGAUGGAAAUGCCUGACCAAUUUGUGAAGGAAUAAAUGUUAUCUUUAACGCUGUCCGAUGUUUCUUAUCUUUUUUUUCUUUAAUAUUUUUACCUUUUUUUUUUCUCCACUCUCUUGUUGAUUCAUGUAGCGAUGAUAUUAACAAUGCUUAGUGGGGCAAAGAGAUUUGAAGGUUCAGAGAUGGACGUUUUCAAUUUGUACUUUAAUAUGGUAUAGACUAUGUGAAUAUGUGAUGAACA